GGAGGCCACGUGUGCUGGAACUAAGCAGGAAGUGACAGCGGGAGUGGAGCCCGGCGAGCCUGUGGCGUUCGGGGGCUGAUGGAAGUGGAGAGGGGGCUGGAGAGGGCACCCUACUGUAUCCAGCAUGCUGCAAGGCUACAGCUCCGUGUUCCAGGCCUUGCUGGGGACCUUCUUUACCUGGGCAAUGACCGCUGCCGGAGCAGCUCUUGUGUUCGUAUUCUCCAGUGGGCAGAGGCGGAUCUUAGACGGAAGUCUGGGCUUUGCUGCAGGGGUCAUGUUAGCGGCUUCCUAUUGGUCCCUGCUAGCACCAGCGGUUGAGAUGGCCACGUCCUCAGGGGGCUUCGGUGCCUUUGCCUUCUUCCCUGUGGCUGUUGGCUUCACUCUGGGAGCUGCUUUCGUCUACCUGGCUGACCUCCUGAUGCCGCACUUGGGUGCUGCGGAAGAUCCCCAGACAGCCCUGGCACUGAACUUGGACCCUGCUCUGAUGAAGAAGAAGUCUGAUCCCGAGGGCCCCGCCACACUGCUCUUCCCUGAGAGGGAACUUUCCAUCCGGAUAGGUAGCGCUGGGCUUCUUUCAGGCAAGCCUUCUGCUGCAGCUGCUGAGCUGGGCCGGAGGGAGGGUCCAGACCUGGGGCUGGUGCUUGGAGAGGAGGGAAUGCUGGAUGCUCUGCCCUUCCCUGCUGCUCACCUCACUGCUCACAGUGGUGCUCUGUUUGAAGGAGCACAUGUGUCUCGUGCAUUGUCUGUAUGGAACCAGAACACUUUAAAGACAAGGAAAUCAACAUCAUUUCUGCUGAGUUGCAGGGAAGAGUCUCUCCAAAGGAGUCAGAUAAUAUUCCUCAAACUCAGAGGGGUCCAGUCUGAGCUUGGAUUCUGCCCUAUGCAGCUCUCAAGCUCCGUGUUCCCAUUCAGAUUCUGCCCGGAGAGCCUUAUCCAGGAAGAACCUUGGUGCCUUCUUUCUGCUUGA